AUGUACUACAUGGGGCUGCACGAAGGUCUCUAUUUCCAACGUGUGGCUCUCGUCGUGUAUAAAGAUAUGCAUUUGGGCUCAAGUCUUCGCGCCGGCGCGGAUGGAUCUUUGCUGGUCACUUGGCACCUUGCCUUCAUGUCGUCCAGCCGCUUCCCGUUGCCGAGGAACUAUUGCGAUCACAUCGAGCUCACAGCCGCGCAGAAGCUCGAGUAUCACGAUGUGGUGUAG